AUGGAAGACAAGAAAUGUGCUACCGUUUUUGCAAUGCUUAUUAUCCUCUUUGCUUCCAAUUCAUAUCUUAGAUUAAUCCAAUGCCAACUUAUGCCCAUUGUAAGUGACAAUCAAGUUAAGACAUUCAUAGUUUUUGUAGAAGAGCCUGUCGGAGGAGUGAAUCUAGUGAAUGAUGAAGAGCUCACAAAUUUUCAUAGAUCAUUUUUGCCAAACAAUAGUCUAGACUCCGGUGAAGAACGGAUGAUCUAUUCAUAUCGCCAUGCAAUUAGUGGAUUUGCAGCAUUAUUGACAGCCGAUGAAGUUUUAGCCAUGGAAACAAAGCCGGGUUUUUUGUUUGCUCGCCUGCCAGAAGAGGUUAGAGCGCAAACAACCUACACUCCUGAGUUUAUGGGCUUGAGCGAAGGAGGAGGGUUAUGGUGGAGCUCUCAAUAUGGAGAGGGGAUUAUUAUUGGAGUGAUCGACACCGGCAUCACACCUACACAUCCUUCUUUUCAAAGUUUUAACGCAGUUCCAGCUCCGCCGGUUAAUUGGUUCGGUAAUUGUUCAUUUGGACCAAAUGUAUGUAACAACAAGCUCAUUGGUGCAAUGGCAUUCCGGCGGGGCAGAAAUCCAUCACCUCUUGAUGUCACUGGCCAUGGGACACAUUGUGCUAGCAUAGCCACUGGAAGCCCGGUUUAUGAUGCUGGAGUCCUCAACCAAGCUAGAGGAACGGCGGUAGGGACUGCACCAAGAGCUCAUAUUUCCGUUUAUAAAGUAAUGAAUCGAAACACGGGAUUUGAAGAUGAUAUCCUAGCAGGCAUAGACCAAGCCAUUCGAGACGGUGUCGAUGUGCUGUCAAUGUCUCUCGUCUCCGGCCCAAAACAGUUUUCAGAUAGUAGCAUUGCGGUUUCCUCUUUCUACGCUAUUACUCAAGGAAUAGUUCCUUGUGCUGCCGCUGGGAAUUCUGGACCCACUGCGAGUGAGAUUUCGAAUGAUGCUCCAUGGAUUUUUACUAUCGGAGCAAGCAGCACUGAUAGAAGGAUAAAAGGUAACCGUGAUACUCGGUAA